CACCCUCCUCCUCCCCUCACCCUCCUCCUCCUCCUCCUCCUCCUCCUCUCCCGGCACCAUGUCUGCAGGGGGAGAUUUUGGGAACCCACUGAGAAAAUUCAAGUUGGUGUUCCUGGGGGAACAGAGCGUCGGGAAGACAUCUCUGAUCACGAGGUUCAUGUAUGACAGCUUUGACAACACAUACCAGGCCACCAUUGGGAUCGACUUCUUGUCAAAAACCAUGUACUUGGAGGAUCGUACGGUCCGUCUGCAGCUCUGGGACACAGCCGGCCAGGAGAGAUUCCGCAGCCUGAUUCCCAGCUACAUCCGGGACUCCACGGUGGCCGUGGUGGUGUAUGACAUCACAAAUCUCAAUUCCUUCCAGCAAACCUCCAAGUGGAUCGAUGACGUCAGGACGGAGCGGGGCAGUGACGUCAUCAUCAUGCUCGUGGGCAACAAGACCGACCUGGCCGACAAGAGGCAGAUUACCAUCGAGGAAGGGGAGCAGCGCGCCAAAGAGCUCAGCGUCAUGUUCAUUGAGACCAGCGCCAAGACCGGCUACAACGUGAAGCAGCUCUUCCGACGUGUGGCGUCCGCUCUGCCCGGCAUGGAGAACGUCCAGGAGAAAAGCAAAGAAGGAAUGAUCGACAUCAAGCUGGACAAACCCCAGGAGCCCCCAGCCAGCGAAGGUGGCUGUUCCUGUUAAUGUAGAGUUGGAGCCCUCCUCUUCUCCCCGCCCCCUCCAACACCGCUUCCUCCAAUACCACGUGCUUGUUGUGUGGCUUCCUAUUGGUUAGCUUCCUAAUAGGGUGGGAAAUGAGUUGGUCAAGAUGGGAGGAUUUUUUUCUUUCUUUUCUCUCUCUCUCUCUCUAGGAGUCAGGUGGGAUGGGGAGGGAGGCUGGGUAUCAGGGAAUGACAUCACUUUAACAAGCCGUCACUUAUACAACUAUUUUUUUUUUGGGUUUGGUUGUAAUAUAUUGUACUUUAUUAAGAUGGCCAAAAACUGUUAAAAUUUAAAAAACAAAGAAGUUUAAAUCCUGUGUAUACAACUUUUUUGCCAGAU